UAUCAGUUAUUUAAGACCUUGGUUGUCCUCCUCCUCCCUCUUUUUUUGUUUUUUACAAAAUUUUGGGAUAGAUUGUUGUUGUUCUUAUUUUCAGAUUUUAUUUGAUCAUUAUCCCUGUUGGUGAAUUAAAUACAAACUAAUUAUAAUGCCAGUCGUGUUGAUUGCUACCGAUCGGACAUGGACCUCUGUAAAUGCAACCGAACUAAAUGAUCAUAUACUUAAUGAUGGUAUUUUUGAAGGUCCAACAUUUAUCGCUCGUGAUGAAUUCGGCAUUCCACCUGAUGAGACAUUUCUGUAUAAAAGUCUUAACGCACAUCUUGUUCGUGAUCAAACAUUUUCGACUAAUCUUAAAGCGGCAACCGUUUUGAGUCGUUUUGUAUCACAUGGAUAUCGUAUCGUAUCUUCGGCGGGAUCCGGCAUCGGAACAUCAGGAAAAGCACGUUACAGUGCCGAUGUUGCCGUCACUGAUUAUCGUUGGCUAUGGACAUUGGUUAGGGAUGAUAUGGCACCACCGCCAUAUCCAUCGAUAUCAUCGAAUACGUCACAGAUGAGAGAAAAACCAAAUUAUUCAUCUCAUGGUGAUAACGGAGAUUCGAAAACUAAUGGAAAUUGCAGUAGUAGUAGUACUAGUAGCUAUCGAAAUUAAUUCUGAUAGAAUUCACAAUCGUUAAUUAUUUCAAUUUAUUGACAAAAUCAUACCAGUAACAUCAAAACCAACAAAUACAAAAACAAAAUUAUUUAUUAUUGUUUGAUUUAGGUCGGUUAGGACACACACGAUUAGAAUUGCCUAGUAAUUUAAAAAA